AUGCCAGUGCUUUACGAGGAUGGUAUUUUCGAUUUGCGAUUUGUUCCUCACUUCUCACCACAAAUUGAACCUUAUAUUUGGCCAAUUUUGCCACUGGGCGAGCAUAUGUCCGGCAUGGCUUAUAUUAUGUUUACCUCUCCCUCUUUUUGGUUUGCAUUUUUGCUCAUCCCGAUCAUUACACUAUUCACCGACUUCACCAUCAAAGCAAUUAGGGUGAAUUUUGCGCCAACACCACGUGAACUUGCUUGCCUGCAUGAGCGAUCGAAAGAAAAGCUUAGCGGAAAAAACGUGGAAUUAGCUGGGUACUUUUUUGAAUUUUCGUUGGCUGUUUUUUUAAUCUGUUAUUAA